AGGCGCGCGUUCCCGAUGAUCUCGCCAUACAAAACAAAGCUCUCUGCGCCGCUUUCAUUCGGGGUUUUAUAGACCACAGGCUGGAUCUGCAUGCAGACGGAAAGGAAAAUCCUCCAGGGGGAGGAAAAAAAAUGGAUUUACAGCUAGUCUAAUAAGCGUUUCACACCUGGAUCUGGGUAGUAAACAAAAAAAAAACAACAACAAGACGCCGCUUUAAGUGCUUUGUCUUUGGUCAUUUACUGUUACAAGCCACCGUCUGGGGGGUGGAAUAAGCGAUCGCCAUGUUGUUACCUAAAGGGCUUUACUGAAGAAGGUGGACGUUGAAAGUGUGGAGGGAAUAAUAUCGUUUUAUUUCCCUCUCUCCAUCGCGGUCUCGCCGUUUUGCUGACUGUUUGUCCUCGGCGACAUGGCGGAGCAAAGCUACUCCUGGGCGUACUCCCUUGUCGACUCCAGCCAGGUGUCCACCUUCCUCAUUUCCAUCCUCCUCAUCGUCUAUGGCAGCUUCAGGUCGUUAAACAUGGACUGUGAGAACCAGGAAAAAGACAAGGAUGGAAAUCCCACAGCUAACGGCUCCUUCAACAACACCAACUCCAACAACAGUAUUCAGACCAUCGAUUCCACACAGGCUCUGUUCCUCCCAAUUGGAGCGUCUGUCUCGCUCCUCGUCAUGUUUUUCUUCUUUGAUUCGGUCCAGGUGGUCUUCACCAUCUGCACUGCAGUUCUAGCUACUAUAGCGUUUGCGUUCCUGCUGCUGCCGAUGUGCCAGUACCUGACGCGACCCUGUUCCCCACAGAACAAGAUUUCGUUUGGCUGCUGCGGCCGCUUCACGUUGGCUGAGUUGCUCUCCUUUUCCCUAUCGGUCAUGCUCGUCCUCAUCUGGGUGCUAACGGGACACUGGCUCCUCAUGGACGCGCUGGCGAUGGGUCUGUGUGUGGCGAUGAUCGCCUUCGUGAGACUGCCCAGUCUGAAGGUGUCCUGUCUGCUCCUGUCUGGUCUGCUAAUCUAUGAUGUGUUCUGGGUCUUCUUCUCAGCUUACAUCUUUAACAGUAACGUGAUGGUGAAGGUGGCCACACAGCCGGCUGAUAACCCACUGGAUGUUAUCUCCCGUAAGCUGCACCUGGGUCCCAGCAUGGGCCGUGACGUGCCCCGCCUCUCGCUCCCGGGCAAGCUGGUGUUCCCGAGCUCCACGGGCAGCCACUUCUCCAUGCUGGGCAUCGGUGACAUCGUCAUGCCCGGACUGCUGCUCUGCUUCGUGUUGCGCUAUGACAACUACAAAAAGCAGGCGAACGGGGAGGCACAGAGCCCUGCCAACAUGUCCGGGCGCAUGCAGCGUGUCUCCUACUUCCACUGCACCCUCAUUGGCUACUUCGUAGGUCUUCUGACUGCGACCGUGGCGUCUCGGAUUCACCGUGCGGCUCAGCCUGCUCUGCUCUACCUGGUGCCCUUCACACUGCUGCCUCUGCUCACUAUGGCCUACCUGAAGGGUGAUCUGCGGCGCAUGUGGUCUGAGCCGUUCCACGCCAAGGCCAGCAGCUCCCGGUUCAUGGACGUAUGAUGGCCACGAGCGAGACGGGCAGUGUUCAGUUCAACUCAUCCCCAAGACACACGGAGAGAGGGAGAGAGAGCAGGAAGACAGGAAGAGAGUCGCACUCGUCUUCUUGUCUCCUUAUUCGUCCAUCAGAUGGAGAGCAGCUUGACUUCACUGCCAGAUGGAUUCUGCUCAGCACAUUCACUCACCUUCUCUUUGUAUUACCUCUUCUCUUUCCUCAUCUCUCUCUCUCUCUCUCUCUCUCUCUCUCUCUCUCUCUCUCUCCCCCCCCUCCCUGUUGGACUGAGAGGCCACUCCUUAAUAGACUUGUCUUUACGGGACACAGCCGGUGCUCCACGUGAUGAUUUUUUUUUCUAACCGGCAUCAUUACGGAUUUGCAGACUGUUGGUGUUGUUUUUUUGUUUGUUUUAGAUUUGUUUUUGAACCACGGACAAGACGCUGAGAUACGAAGUCUCGGCCUACGGACAGUGAUGACCCUAAGGGGACCAACACACACACACACACAAACACACACACACAUAUACAAGGCCACAGAUGCUUUCCUGCUCCCCAUCCCCUCCCCUCUCCUCUCUAUUAAGCCCCUCCCUUUUCCCCUUUCAAGAUAUGUGUAUUUUAUUUAGAAAGAUUUUAUUCUUGACAUAUACAGAAACGACGCAUUAUGAAAUGGAGUGUGUCCUUGCGGUUGAGAAGGCCACGCCCCUCUAUGUAUAUAUGUGUACACAUGUAUUAGGGUUAUCAUGUUGGGGUGCAAGUGUUUGUGUGAUUAAAUACUGUGUGUGUGUGUGAGAGUGUGUGUGAGUGUGAGGGCUUUUUUCUCCUGUGCUUUUCCCCCUUUGUUGCUUUUUUAGGUGGAUUUGUAGUCAGGGGUCGAUGGGAAACACUGUUAGGUUGUUUUGUUUUGUUUUUGGUCUCUAACUAACACCACCACCCCCGAACUAUAAAGGUCACACCAUGUACACAUUUUACCACCACGUUUCCUCUUUUAAUGAAACAGUUGGUGAAAUUUGGGCGCUUUUCCACUCCAGAGUGUUUUUGCGGUCUGUUUUUUUUUUUUGGAGUUUAAAUGAAGGAAAGAAACGUUGGUUGUUAGAUUGCACUAAACCUCACCGUGUCCUGGUCCGCUUCAUACCAGAAGCUUGUCGAGAAAUACUGUACAGCAUGGUCCUGUUUUUUGUUUUUUGUUUUUUUUUAAACACUGGUAACAGAUUUGUAUCGAAGUACACGUUCUGGCACGUUAGCGUUUCUAUAGUAACAGACUCACUUGUAUAGUCGCCGCUUCACAUGAUCUAAGGGUGCUUUCACAUAUGCAGUGUUUAGUCCGUUCUUAUCGAACCCUGGUCUGUUUUCUUCUUUAGUCCGGUUCCGUGGCCUUCUCCGUCUCCUACAGAUCAAAUUCUUGCACCGUUCGAGCUCCAUUCGAUUCAGAGCUGAAUUAAAAAAUAAUUGCUGCAAUGAGUUGCGAGCUCUCUGACUGGAAACACAGGAGAAAAUAGACGGUGGAGACGAUACACAGGAUGAUCUGAGCUCUGCGUACACACCAGAUGCUAAAGUUCUGUUUCAGUUCUCUUCACUCUGUCUGCCCAAUUAAAGGAAGAACGAUGGAGAGCUUCACACAUUGUGGGUUGUUUUUGUAAACACCCCCACCCACCCCCAACACCCCCAAAAUAUACACACCCGUUGCAAUUUAGUUCACAAAUUAAAUGCAUCACAUGUUGCUCUAAUUUGAAUUCACUGAAUACAAGUCUAAUAAAUAAAUAUUUCAUAUAUUCCAUAUCCCGUUAAGAAAAGCGUGUGCUGGUUGAUCUUGCAUUUUCCCUACAGAGAUGUCUGUGUAGCAUUUCUGUAAGAAGUCUCUGGUAUCAGCUAGUUUUCAGGACAGAGGACUUUCUGGUUUCUCUGUAAUCUACAACAAGCUGCGUUGUUGUUGUCUUGUAAACUUUGAAGGAGAAAAAGAGAAGCUAUGAGGUGAGGAGGAACAACCGUUUAGCUGCAGUAACCGAAGCGAGAGAGAACAGGAACUCCGUGACGUUCAUAACGGUUCGAAAGGGUGACGUGCUGCUCGUUAAUGAAUUAAAAAGAAAUCCCACCACCCAGUGUGGAUUCUUUUACUCGGACAGCACGGCCCAUAGUGUGGUGUUGAGUUUUUGUGUCCAAUACGACGUUAAAUUUGCUUCAGGUUUCACCAACUGUUCCUUUAAACCGCAGGAAACCAGCAGGAGGGACUGAACUGGGACGGCUUCAAGAGAGGCUUCAGUGACCGAGAGAAAAUGAGAAGUGUUUGUGUGUGUGUCUGAAGUGAAUGUAUGGCAUUACCUCUGAGUCUGGAUCAGAACGGUGCUCUUACAGUCAACGGGCUCGGCGCCGAUUUCGCUCGUCAUUUAAGAAGCUUGGUGUAAUUUGUAGGCAUGUGCCAGCAAAUUAUCCUGACAAAUUCCUCACCCGAUGACGGGAUUCCGUUGUUCGAGACUUGACGUGUCUCCUUCAGAUCCAACUGAAAUCAGAAAUAACGAUAAUCUGCGUGUUAAAUAUCACCGUUUUACAAAAGUGAUGACUGGCACAUGCCUUGUGGCUUACUUUCUAAUUCUCUCUUCAUUUUAGUAGUUUUCUUGACCGUUAUUUGCCCCAAGAGACUGGAAGUGUGUGUGUGUGUGUGUGUGUGUGUCUUAAGUUCUGCUCCUUCUCUUUCUUUUUUUUUUUCCUUUCUUUUUCCUACUUGAUUAUUUCUGGAUCUGUGAGUCGUCUGGCCUUGCAUGUGAAGUGUACAGUGUGUCGUCGUUCAGUAAGCCUACGGCAGCACUGCAUCACUCACAAGCACACAACGGACGAAUGAACAGAUGAACAGGAUGAUUGCACAACAACAUAAACACAAGCGCACGGGCCACGGAGAUCCUCGGGCCCUGUGUCUCAGACAGGGACCUCGACCUCACAGACGCCAGGCAGAGAACGUUUUCCUGACCACGGCACAUUCGGAGCAUCACCGACGUCAACUUGCCCACAAUCCCUUUCCUGAUCCCCUGCAGCCCUCCUUAUAGACAUGAAAUUUAAACCAUGGAAUGAUUGAACAUUUUCAAUAGGUUUUCUUUUUUAUGACAAGAUUCACCUGUUGUUUUUGUUUUGUUUUGUUUUGUUUUAUCCGAUCAUUUGUAUUUUUCUUAGUGUGUUAUUUUAUACUUUCUCCCUUUGUCCCUCUUCACUGGGCUCCGUUGUCACAUUUGCGUUACGGCCAAAAAGGAUUCUGUAUAAAGUGGAUUUAAAAAAAAUAAAUAAAUUAAGAACUGUGUAGUGACCUAUGGAUCCUGACGUGCUGUACCUAAACGUUUUCAUCUCCUUUAACCUGCUCCCCUUCAUCCGGUCAGGAUUAUUCUGUAAAUAAACGUGACUCUAACUGUA